GUGCACGUUUAAGGUUAUUUGACACAGUAUUUACAUGUCAUUGCAAGUACAGUACAAACAUAUUUACGUUAUUUAUUAAUGGAAUGGAGACUGUUCCAGCCCAAGGCGACAUACGCCUGUCGGAACGUGGUUCAAUGGGAUCGAUAUUAUUGAAUUUCGGUUGACAGUUUCCACAUAUAUGUCAUUGGCCUGCCAUAUUUUCGUCGACGGAGAACAUGGCAACCGGGAAGUGAGUCAGUGCAAGAAAUGUCCGGUCGUAGUCGAGUAUGACAUUUUGCGGAGAAGACUGGCUUCGUGGCGCGAGACGCAGACAAGACCUGGAGUAUUUGUUCAGAGGUGAAAUCUUAGAAGAAUUUGACGACAUGAGACUUUGGUUGCUUCUGUUGAGGAAUUCCAUUCUCCACGAGCUUCAGGUUACCAGGGUAGAAGGAACUCUUCUGUCUCUUUGGAAACUACAUGAAGAAGUCGUCAGGUCGUGGAGCCAGACAUCCAGACUCUUUCUCAGUGGUGAUCGUUCUCCCAGUAUCCGUGACUCCCUCAUCUCCAUCUACAACAUCGUCACUACGGCUGCUGACAAGUACAGUCUCUCCAGGCUUCUACCACCGCCCAUCUUCGAAAAAGGCGAGCUUGUGCGACCAUCCUUAUCAUCAAGAACAACCCUCGUACGGAAAUCCAUACAAAAGACCCACAAAAUACUAUCAACCACUGCAAUGACAGAGCGACGUAAGGUUCAGAAGCCGCCACGAGGACGAACAGCCGAAGCCGAUCACUUACCACAAAACCUGGAUGAACCAGGGACGAGCUGUCUUUCUCAACAACAUGAACAGACGGAGCGUUGUGAAGACGUUUCAAAUAUGUUACCAACGGUUCAUGAGUUUGGUGGCGAAGAAUGUACUUUUAAUCAUAACAAAAGGUCACUCAUUCACGCCCAUUCUACAAACUAUACGUGUGGAAAGUCAAAAAUAUGUUCUUUACAAUGAUUUUAUGGAACAUGGGAGUGGUAAUUUUGGAACCCCAGUACAGACUUAGUGGAGGCCUCAACGUUGUAUUUAGUGCCGAGAUCUUGUUCUCAAAAGUGUAUAAUCAUCAACUGCAAGAUGUAUUUUGUCAUACAAAGUUACAGACAAAACAAAUGGUGGGUUUGUCAAAUUUGCUGGGACUGUGAUGAAGCCAAAACACUUCUCCAUUAAAGCAUCACAGAAAGCCUAAACGUGGCAUAAGAUAAGAAACCUGGAAGAACGUUCGGAAAAUAUUCUUGAUUGUCAAACUGAAGAAAGUACAUUUAAAGAGAGCAAUAUUUGAUAUAUGUAUUGAUGCAUUGUUCACUUUCUUUUCCUCACGAAUCAAUUCAAUGUUCAGUUAAUCACACUGAACAAAUGACUGGAAUCAUCUGGAAGAGGUCAAAUGUGCAGAACACUAACAAUUUGGAGAAUAUGCUUCUGGAAAUCAUGGCAUAAAAAUAUAGCACCACAAGCUCUGGAGCUCACCCGUGUUUUUGUGUGUGUCUGGAAUACAAUUUUCCAUUGGAAGUCAAAGGAGGAUAAGUCAAAUUCAUUACAUUAUGUGACACUUGUAAAGGAAGUUAAACAGAGGCAAGUUACAUGGUGAUGGUCAGCAUGCCACUAUUGACAACCAUGGAUAAACAUGGGCGGAUCCAGGAUUUAAAAAAAAUAAUUUUUUGGGUGGGGUGGGGUGUGGGGUGUGUGGAGUGUUACUGGGGGUUCGAACCCCCUGAACCCCCCCCAACGCAAAAAAAAUAUCUUCACUGUGGUCUUAAGUCAUUUUCAAAAGGGGGGGUUCGAACCUCCUGAACCCACCCUCUGGAUCCGCCAAUGGAUAAAUGUUGAACAUGUGUCAAAAAUCAAGAGACAGCAAAACAUAACAUAUUGGUGGUGGCAUAUUGUUGGUGGCAUAGUAUUCUUUCACCAUGAUUGUUGAAUAUAAAAUCUCGUAACAAUA